CACCCAUGGAGACAGUUGCAAGGAACACGACUCGCUCUUGGAUUUGAAAAGAAAAAGAGACCUUCUGUACCGAAUUUAUUUUGGUACAAAAUGCCUCCGACUCUCUUCCAGAAACUUUUCAACAAGAGAAAUGCUGUAUCGUCGCCGCCACCGAGAUGUAGCAAAGAAGACCCAGCGUUCAGUCCACCGCUAUUCUUAGACCCCCGCGGUCGGCUUUGGAGAGGAGAGGAGAGACGAGAGGAGUGGAAAGAGAGAGGAGGGAGAGAGGGCUGGGGAAAGACUGGCAGACUCGCAACGAUGCCCAGCUGGCCCCUUCCCCAGCUGGACCCCAGUCAGAUCAGGCUGAUUGUGUACCAGGACUGCGAGAGGCGUGGCAGAAAUGUCCUCUUCGACUCCAAUGCCAAAAAAAGGGGCACGGAGGAAACCCCCAUUACCAGCACCGAGGGCCAUGUGAAGAUGUUCGGAAAAUGCUGCCAGCUCCGACCCACAGGAGGCAGCAGCAGUUCCCUGGACAGUUCCUCUUCCUGUACGUCAGAAACCAAGGAAACCAAGGAGCAGGGCCUCCGCUACCAGGGUUCAAGGUGUUCCUCAGAUGUGGUGAUGCUGGGGGAAAUGAUGUUUGGCUCUGUGGCCAUGAGCUACAAAGGCUCAACGCUCAAAAUCCACCAGAUCAGAUCGCCGCCUCAGCUGAUGCUGAGUAAGGUCUUCACCGCCCGGACGGGAGGCAGCGUGUACGGCAGCCUCAACACGUUACAGGACAGCCUGGAGUUCAUCGGACAGGACAGCAACACGCUAAAGCCUGAUCAAAACACGGGGCCCAACAGUCUCCUAGGGAACAUAGGAUUUUCUCAGCUCUGCAGCCCUCGACGGGCCUUCUCUGAACAGGGCCCUCUGCGCCUCAUCAAGAGCGCCUCUUUCUUUUCAGGCCACAGCCACCCCAUGGACAUGCCUGGCCGCGGGCUGCACGACGAGCGGGACAGCGGCAUCGCCAGGUCAGCGUCUCUCAGCAGCCUGUUGAUCACUCCCUUCCCGUCCCCCGGGUCCUCGUUGACCAGCAGCUGUGCGUCCAGCUACCAGCGCCGAUGGCUCCGCAGUCAAACCACCAGCCUGGAGAACGGCGUCUUCCCCCGAUGGUCGGUGGAGGAGAGCUUCAACAUGUCCGACGAGAGCGGCGGCCCGAGCCUCGGCGCCGCCCGCAAGAAGAAGAUCGCCAUCGGCGUCAUCUUCAUGCUGUCGCCCAACCCCGAGGAGAACAGCCGCUUCCAGGACUUCUUCUUCUCCCACUUCCCCCUCUUCGAGAGUCACAUGAACAAACUGAAGAGCGCCAUCGAACAGGCCAUGAAGAUGAGUCGGCGAUCAGCUGAUGCCAGCCAGAGGGCCCUGGCCUACAGCCGCAUGGUGGACGGACUCAACGAGUUCAGGAUGACCAUCUGCGACCUCUACACCAUGCCCCGCGUGGCCGAGCCCGUCUGGUUGACCAUGAUGUCCGGGGCGUCGGAGAAGAACCAGCUCUGCGGCCAGUUCAUGAGGGAGUUCUCCCUGUUGAUGGAGCAGGCCUCCAAGAACCAAUUCCUCCCUGCAUUAUUGACUGCCAUCCUGACCAAUCAUCUGGCCUGGGUGCCCACCGUCAUGCCCAAUGGGCAGCCUCCGAUCAAGAUCUUCCUGGAGAAGCACUCCUCCCAGAGCGUCGACAUGCUGGCAAAGACGCACCCUUACAACCCGCUCUGGGCACAAUUAGGUGACCUGUACGGUGCCAUCGGGUCCCCGGUGCGGCUCUCGAGGACGGUGGUGGUCGGCCGCAGGCAGGAUUUGGUCCAGAGACUCCUGUACGUCCUCACCUACUUCAUCCGCUGCUCAGAGCUGCUGGAGACCCACAUGCUGGACAGCGCCGAGGACGAGGCCAUCGUCAUGCCCGGGUCCCUCAUCACCACCUCCCUGAGGAAAGGAGAGGUGGAGGAGUCGGACUAUGUCCUGGUCACCGUCCACAAACCCAGCGGGGACUACCUGUCCCAGGGGGACCACGGCCAGCAGGCCGAGGCGGAGGACAGCAUCUACCCUUCGGACAACAGCCUCCAGAGCAGCACGUACACGGACAACGAGGUGGAGCACAGCGCCGAGGACCCACCCAAGGAAGAAGAUGAGGAGGAGGUGGAGGAGGAGGAGGAGGAGGAAGAGGAGGAGGAGGACAGCAGCGAGAGCCAGGGAUCCAGGAGCAGUGUGCUUCAGGCGGACAGCAGCCAGGGCACCAUACCCAUCAUCCGGACUGUGGAAGUGACUGAAUGUGGGGAACUGCACAAGGAGUCCAGCAGCCCGCUGGCCACGGAGGCCCGAGUGGAGACGGUGCUGCGAGUCGGCUCGGCCUCCCCCAGAGAGCAGGUCUGUGUGCUGGUUACAGAGACCAAGGGGGACCUGAAACUGGUUCCACCCGUACCCGCGACCCUUUCGUCGGGCUCCUCCCUCGCUCCCGUCGCCACAGACUGUAAAAACCGCGGCGCGGACGCUGGGACGGACGCAGCAGCGGGGAGCCAACCGUGUAAAGCGACGGCUCCGCGGCCUUUAGGGAACCCUCUGGAGAAGAAGCCCCCGGAUAAGAACCAGCUCGCUGCGGUACCGGUACCGGUGAAGCCUGGGAGCGCGGCGACGGGGCCCAUGACUCUGACUCUAACGGAGGGAGAGGAGCCGGCGACGAAAGUCACUUUCCUCAUCGGGGACUCGAUGUCCCCCGAGUCGGACACGGAGAGCCGCAGCAGGAAGGUGGAGGAGGACAUCAGGAAGGGCAACCAUCAGCUUCACCUGCAGCUGCUGCUGCACCAGCCGCCGCAGAGUCACCAGGGGCAGCAUUAUCAGCAGCAACCGCAGCAGCAGCCGAAGAGGGGAGCGGAUUCGCAGACCAGCAAGAGCGGCGCAUCAGAGGACCAAAGCAAACAGACCAAGGCGGCUCCGGCUCUGCAGCGGGUGUCCAGCAAGAUGCCGCAGCAGUGGAACAUGGACUGCGUGGAUGAUUUCGACGAGUACUACAGCCCCGAGAACCCCGUGGAGACCAGGACUAUUGACGACGUGGCCAAACAACGGGAGGCCGGCGCCGCGGACGGUUUGCACAAGGGCUUGCUGGUGGGGGGGGGUCUCCACUUCCAGGGCGCGGUCAGGGGUCAGGGUUUGAGCGGGAAGGGCGGCAGGAAGGGAGACGUUUCGUUGGGCGUCCAGAGCAGGUGCAGGUGCGGAUCCACGGACUCUUCCGACGCCGCCUCCUCCUGCUGCUGCUGCUGCAGGAGCUUCCCCGCCGAGCAGGACAAGGAUCUCGUUCUGUCGGUUCCAGUCGCCCAGGACGGGAGCAGCAAAGAGGACCAAAAGCGCAAGGCGACGCCUUUGAACGACUGGGAAAUCCCGCGCAACGAGAGCUCGGACAGCGCGUUGGGAGACAGCGAGAGCGAGGAGACCGAGGACUGGCAGGAGGAAAUGCUGGUGCCCUUCCCUGGGUCAAAGCUGGUGGAGAACUACUCUAAACCAACCAUUGCCAACUUUGGCCGGUCUCUGUUUGGAGGUUACUGCCCCACGUACGUGCCAGACUUCGUGCUGCACGGGAUGCCCAGUGACGAGAAGCUACGGCAGAGUCUCAUGACCGAAUUAUCCCACGCCGUUCAGCAUCCGGUGCUGGACGAGCCCAUCGCCGAAGCCGUCUGCAUUAUCGCAGACACGGACAAGUGGACGGUGCAGGUGGCCAGCAGCCAGAGACGAGCCACGGACGUCAACAAGCUGGGGAAGGAGGUCCUGGUGUCCAGCUUGGUGUCCAGCUUGUUGCAGUCCACCCACCAGCUCUACAAACUCAACCUCUCGCCCAACUUUUGUAUCAUGCACCUUGAGGACCGUCUGCAGGAGAUCUACUUUAAGAGCAAGAUGCUCGCUGAGUAUUUGAAGGGCCAGACGAGAGUCCACGUGAAGGAACUGGGCAUGGUCUUAGGAAUCGAGUCCAGUGACCUCCCCCUGUUGGCUGCAGUGGCCAGCACUCACUCCCCCUACGUUGCCCAGAUCUUACUAUGAGACUGUACCCACUUCCCUGCCUCAUGGAGACCUGUCAGACCCCCACCCGACCUCCACCCGACCUCCACCCCCACCUCCACCCCCUCUGACACGCUCCCCUCGACCUGUGUGCCCGGUCUGAAGAAGAAGUUAAAAGCUGCUGCUGAAUCCGGAGCAAUGUUGAUGUUGCACCACAAGGGGGCGUCAGAGACCCACACAUUGUCGACUGAAGCCCCCCCCCCCCAUCCAUCCCCUCCAUCCCCUCCCUCCCUCCCUGAAAACGACCUUCUCCUGUUCUUUGAAUGUUUCUUUUAAAAAUAGGAUUUUUUUUAUUUUUGGACACAAUAGCCAAAGACUUAUUUUAUUACAUUUUUUCCAGGAGAGAAAACAAUUUUAAGACGCCUACAGUAUGAUAACAAUGAUUUUUUUUUUUUUUUGUUUUUUUUUUUGUGUACAAUCCGUGCCCGGUCGUACGUUUUAAAGGAAACGAAUGGACUCCGAGGUGAAUAUCACUGAGAACAUCAUCAAUCUCGACACCUGUUAUCCUCACGUAUUUGUUUACAAGACAAAUUUCUGUCGACAGGUUUGACAAAUAUUCAUUUUCCCACCCGAUUUUUUUUUUUGUCUUCAGCUGAUCAUGAUCGUGAUUUUCUUUCUUUCUUUCUUUUUUCUGUUUUUUUUUUUUUUUUUUUUUUUUUUUUAAAAAAACAUAAGUUCCACAAACAGGUUUUGAAAUGGCUUUGACAUUCGUAUCAUAGGCACAGCUCUACCUCAGAUCUUCACGCGGGCAGCGGACGUCACAUUUACAGCCGCCCCCCCUUUAGAAAACAAAAAAAAAAAAAAAAUAAGAACUUUAUAUUUUAAUCAGUCAACUGUGCAGACUCUACGCUGUGGGCUUUGAGGAAUAAUAAUAAUAAUUAAAGGAACACGAUUCCUUUACGAUGCGUCAGAAUGUGUUAAAGAUGGGUCCCUUUAUACUGUGGAAAAAGCUACAAAAUUUAAAAAGAAACAACAAAAAAAAAAACACGCAUUAUCUAUUUUACAACCGAAAUGCUGAAAUAUUUUCACACUUUUAUAGCUUUUGCCACCUUUAUACGAUGUUUACGGCUUCGGAGUUUGCUGCAGCAGAGAGAAGACGCCUUACAUAGGAGAUAUAUGUAUGUAUGUAUGUUAUGUAUGUUAUGUUGUGUAUCGGCUAACACUAUUUUCAGACGAAAAAACACACGCACAGAUGCGAACGAUGGUGGGUUUUCUUUUCUUUUCCUUGGUAUCGGUGUAGUUUGCUACACCGUUUAAACAGGGUGCGAUUUGGAAUUUUCUUUUUCUUUUUGUUUUAGUUACUAGUUGAGAAAUAAAAAACAGCUGAGAAAUUCAAAAUUUCUGCAAAUCUAACUUUGAGAUUAGAUGGAUUCUGAUGAAGAAAAGGGUUUAUUAUUAUUAUUUAUAUCUAUUAUGUCGAGUCGCACCCUGAAUUUAACCCAAGUCUUAAUGGAGAGGUGGCACGAAAGCAUCACGGGCUCAUCUUGCUGUUAGAAUUGAUAUACAUGCUUCCUGCUGUAUUGAAGAUGCUCCGCUAUAUCAGCCUGCGUUUUCUUUUUCUUUUUCUUUUUUGUUUCUUCCUCUUUUGUACGGGCGCAGCCAUUACGUUUUGAAAAGCUAUGGAUUUCUAUCUGCCCUCUUUGUAUAUGAGUAAAUUAUUCAGCUGCUCGCGGUUAAAGUGUAAAAACGGUUCGUGUAUAAACCUGUACAGUUUUAUUUCCAUGUGUUUGUACAGAAAUGUCUUUUAAGAAAUCGUCUCCUCGAAUUUAUUAUUUUCUUUUCCCAAUUUUAUGGGAACGUUGUGCAAUAAAAGACGCCGAUGUUGAGAAUUCA